AGUUUAAUACAGAUGACCUACAGGGAAAAUAUUUAUCAUAAAACUUCAUAUAAUGUAGAGAGAAUCUUUGACUAUGGGCACUUUAAUGCCAACUAUUAUUUUAUUUUCACAGGAUGACCAUGCAAUCUGAGUGGUACAAAAAAGCAAAAAUAAAAUGUGCAUUAUAUUGCUCAUUAUAACACAUCAUGGCCCCAAUCAUGCGAAUACUUAUACCCGAGUAACUUUAUGCAUGUGAAUUGCCACACUGAGUUCAGUGGGACUACUCAUAUGUAAAGUUGUUUACAUUAGUGUUUGCAGGAUUGGGACUUAUGUUAGUACAAUACAACUGUUCUGUAUUUCAUCUUCCAUACAAACUAUACAUGAAAAUGCUUAAGCUAAAUAAUACAGUUACAGAGAGGGAGUCUGCAAAGCAGUUGUGUAUGAAUUUUUUGUUAUAUCUAUGGUUUCUCUUGACACCAAAAUGGAUAUAGAAAAAAGAUUUAUUGGUGCCUUUUAUUUUACAACUUAUCUAUAUAAUCAUCUCUAUUGUUAAUAUUGUCUUUUUUUAUUUUAACAGGAAUCUUCAAUACAAAAAUGAGACAUAAUCUGGUCUGUCAGACACCUCGCACUGUCACUGUUCAUAUAAAGUCAAGUGCAUCUAGAUCACACCAGCAAAAUAAAUCUAUUAGUCUAAAACGUCCUAUUUUUAAAGACAGUCAGGAAAAUUGUGAAAAAGAUGUGCACAGUAAUAAGUCUAAACGUCCAAAAGGUGCAUGUCUGGUUAUUCAGCGUCAGGAAAUGACUGCUUUCUUUAAACUAUUUGAUGAUGAUCUAAUUCAAGAUUUCCUGUGGAUGGACUGCUGCUGUAAAAUUGCAGAUAAGUAUCUUUUGGCAAUGACUUUUGUUUAUUUCAAGAGGGCUAGCUUCAGUAUAAAUGAGCACACCAGACUUAAUUUCUUUGUUGCUCUGUAUCUUGCAAAUACAGUUGAAGAAGAUGAUGAAGAGUCAAAGUAUGAAAUUUUUCCAUGGGCAUUGGGAAAAACCUGGCGGAAGCUUUUCCCUAACUUCUUAAAGUUAAGAGACCAGCUCUGGGGUAGAAUUGACUACAGGGCUAUUGUAAGCAGACGUUGCUGUGAAGAGGUAAUGGCUAUUGCUCCAUCACAUUACAUAUGGCAGCGAGAACGUUCCAUGCAUCACAGUGGGGCUGUCAGAAAUUACAGCAAAGAUGAAGUGCAGCUGCCCCGUGGACCAAGUGCCACACCAGCAGAUUGUUCGCUUUGUGGUAAGAAAGGAAGAUUUGUAGGACUGGGAUUAUCAUCCUCAUCUUCUUCAUCCACUGGGACUUUGGAGAUCAUGGAGCAACAUGUAUCUCAGGAAUUGAAGGACACUUUCCCAGUUGAAAAAAUGCUAGUUGAUCCUUCUCCUUGCUGUUAUUCCCAAGAUUGCAACAGUCUAUUCACCAAAGAGAGAAAGAUUAGCUGCAUGAAUCAGGACAAAUCCAUGGACUGGUUUACAGGAAAUGAAGAAUGAAAUGUUUGACCAGA